CUUCACGCGACGGGCGAACAUGGCGUCGGGCGCUGGACCUUCAUUUUGGCUGGGUAACAAAACCCUGAAGGUGCCUGUGGCACUCUUUGCCCUUAACAGGCAACGCCUGUGUGAGCGUCUGCGGAAGAACCCUGCUGUGCAGGCCGGCUCUGUAGUGUUGCUGCAGGGUGGGGAGGAGACCCCGCACUACUGCACUGACAUCACCUUACCCUUCCGCCAGGAGUCCUUCUUUCACUGGGCAUUUGGUGUCAUUGAGCCAGGCUUCUACGGCACCAUCGAUGUUGACACUGGGAAGUCAACCCUGUUUGUGCCCAGGCUUCCUGCCAGCUAUGCCACCUGGAUGGGAAAGAUCCAUUCCAAUGAACACUUCAGGGAGAAGUAUGCUGUGGACAACGUCCAGUAUGCAGAUGAGAUUGCCAGUGUCCUGACAUCCCAGAAGCCCUCUGUACUCUUCACUUUGCGUGGCAUCAACACAGACAGUGGCAGGGUCUCCAUGGAAGCCUCCUUCGAGGGCAUCAGCAAGUUCAAUGUCAACAACACCAUUCUUCACCCAGAGAUUGUUGAGUGCAGAGUGUUUAAGACCGAUAUGGAGCUGGAGGUUUUGCGCUACACCAAUAAAAUCUCCAGUGAGGCCCACAGGGAGGUAAUGAAGGCUGUAAAAGUGGGAAUGAAAGAAUAUGAGAUGGAAAGUUUCUUCGAGCACUACUGCUAUUCCCGGGGCGGCAUGCGCCACAGCUCCUACACCUGCGUCUGCGGCAGUGGCGAGAACUCAGCCGUGCUACACUAUGGACAUGCUGCGGCACCCAACGACCGUACGAUCCAGGAUGGAGACAUGUGCCUGUUCGACAUGGGCGGUGAGUAUUGCCGCUACGCUUCCGACAUCACCUGCUCCUUUCCUGCCAAUGGCAAGUUCAGUGCGGACCAAAAGGCUAUCUACGAGGCGGUGCUGCGGAGCUGCCGUGCUGUCAUGAGUGCCAUGAAGCCCGGUGUCUGGUGGCCUGACAUGCACCGUCUGGCUGACCGCAUCCACCUGGAGGAGCUGGCCCGCAUCGGCAUCCUGAGUGGCAGUGUGGACGCCAUGGUCCAGGCCCGCAUGGGAGCCGUGUUCAUGCCCCAUGGGCUUGGCCACUUCCUGGGAAUUGAUGUGCAUGACGUGGGAGGCUACCCAGAGGGCAUAGAGCGCAUUGAUGAGCCUGGCCUGCGGAGCCUGCGCACUGCACGGCACCUGGAGCCAGGCAUGGUGCUCACUGUGGAGCCAGGCAUCUACUUCAUCGACCAUGUCCUGGACGAGGCCCUGGCUGACCCAACCCGCGCCUGCUUCUUUAACCGCGAGGUCCUGCAGCGCUUUCGCCGCUUUGGUGGGGUCCGCAUCGAGGAGGAUGUCGUGGUGACUGACAGUGGCAUGGAGCUGCUGACCUGUGUGCCCCGUACUGUGGAGGAAAUUGAAGCAUGCAUGGCAGGCUGUGACAAGGCCUUCACUGUCCCAAAGUAGAGCCAGCCCGGAAUGCCCAGCAGUACUGGCCUUACAGCCUCUCUUCACUGCUCACUGUUUAGCCUGCUGAUUGGUGACAGAACUUAGAUCCUGGUAUCAACAUUUCAUUACACCAAAUGGUGCUAUUUCCUAGGGAGGAUAAACUCUUUUAUUAACCUUCUACAAAAAUCUGUUAGGUACUUUGCUUAAGUACUAAUGACUUAAAAUGCUGACUGAAAAUGAUCCUGUUCUUUAUUAGCAACUAAAAUGUGUCUUGCUGUCAUCUGUAUUCCUUUCUUUAGGAAAGAUACAUUCCCAGUGUUUUCUCUCAAAAAUCAAUAUGCAGAAUGGAACUUGCAAUAAAAGAUUUCCUAAAAUGGC